AUGCCUCGGCAAGAGAGGCUGGUAGAGAUCGUAAUGCCCGAACCACUCGCUUCCCAAUCAGCUCAAGAUAGCGAAGUAAAGCUUGAUGCCCAGAAGCCUCGUCGUCGCGGUUCGAUUAGUUCUAUCGCUUCUGCCGCUUCAUUGUCCUUUGGCCGCCGGCGUAGCGCUAGCAUCAACAUAGAGCCAAAAGUUGAAGCCCCAUCUGGUAUACUAUCUGGUAAAGCGGCUCUACCACCAGUUAGCUAUCCGGCUGCGAAACGUUACGGCUUCAAACGGCAUGGCGAGCCUACUCGAUCACGCACGUCUUCCGAGUCCGGUCGACCUGGAUCUAUUUUCUCGGUACAGAGCAAUCCCUCAAUCUCAGCUCACCAACGCGUAUCCAGCGUUUACAGUGGACGUCAGUCGUUCGCUAUAGACCGAAACGCGCCGCCGAUACCAAGUUUCCCUGCUGAAUUACCAAUGCCACCUCCUAUUGGUGGAGGUCAUCGAUCUAGCUUUGCAAGCAGCGAUGCCAGCCGUCGGUCCGAUCACGGUGGAUCCUCUCCUGUAAGCAGCGGCUACAAUCCGAGAAGAGAAGUUUACACUCCACCUCCUAACCGCACCGAGCCAACUUUUGAACGUCCGAUCCCUUUCACAUUCGGUCGAUCUCCAAUACUACGAGUAUUCGUCCCGCUUUCCGAACGUGUCCAGCGCUGGCCUUCGGCUGAGGGCGCCGCAACGGCUGUGAAAGAACUGGAGAAAUGCGGUGCUUUAAGAAGGAUGAAGCUCGGUGAUUUGGUGGUCAACACAGCGAUCCGGAAACCGAAAACCACUGAACAUGUUCUGCUUUUUGUUCCGUUUAUCAGGCAUCUGCUCGUUCCUCUGGAAUAUACCUUUUCUCCGACUGGUCAUCUGCCUAUGUAUGUGAAUGGCUUUCACGUUCCCCCUUCAUAUUAUUACCCGUUUUUACCCACACCCCAGAUCGUAUAUCUCGACCUCACGCCAUUUGCCAAUCAAGUGAUACAAUCUAUACGACUUGCGUACGACCGAAGGGAUGUGACCGUAGCUUCCGGCGCACGGUUGACCGCGAAGCGCUAUCUACAUGUAGCUGGGUUUGAAAUACGGCCAGAGCAUGUGGUUGCUCCUGAAUGGCACGGUAUGGUGUCUUUAGAGGCUGAAGGAACGGCAGAAGGGAAACAAGAUAUUGAGAAACGCUUGGUCGGCGGGAAUUUACAUCCCUGGGAGGUAGUGAGGGACAAAAGCAUGAUAGGCACAAUCUGGCUGCGACUUGUCAAACAGGAGAUGCAGUCUUAA